AUGGGAUCACUGACUCCUUGUUUUCUCUGUUCAUCAGCCGCCAAAUACAAGGAAUACGGUCGACUCAAGUCCCUCGAGUCCUCCCUAGCUCGACGCGAGAAUCAGCGACAUGAUGCCCAAGAUCAUUCUAAGAAACGCAAGCAUGCAUCGCCUUCCGGCCCAGAGGCGCAUGUCGAGUUUACGCCACGCAAGUCCGCCAAGGGCCUCUUCACGACUCCGUCUCACAAGCGGACGACGAAUGCCCAUCCAUCCCAGUUAGACCCAUACGACUCGCCAUCGACGCUCCGCAAACUCUUCAGUCCAAGCGCACACCAACCAAAUAUGCCAGCGCCAUCUCCUCUGAAAGCUUCAAUUGGGCCAACUCCCCAACGCGAUGGGAAAGCCCUAGGACUCUUCGAUCUUCUAUCCGAAUCGGGCGGGAGCGCCCCAACUCCGUCCGGGAAGAAGCAGGCGAAUACGCUUGCAGCCGCCUUUCGAACGCCAUCCAAACGCAAAAGGGUCGACACGAUCCCAGAAGCGCCGGAAGAAGAACAGCAGGAGGAAACACCGCGGAUGGCUCGGACCCCAGCCUCCUCGGCCAAGCAGUUUUACCUGGCGAAUCUGUUCGCGACUCCCACGACAAUGCGCUAUGCCGCGAUGGUAGAGGCGGAGGAUCUUAAAGAAGCGGGAGAAAACAUAUCACCAGAUCUACCACCUCUAGCAGCCCCGGGAGCACCCCAGUCAGAAACACCAUCCUUCCUACGCCGCUCCAAUCGCUACCCGGCCGCUACUGCCAACCAGAACGGCCCGGGCCUCAGUCCAAUUGUCUCUCGGAAACCACUUCAAUUCGCGAGUAAAGGGCUAUCGCAUCUCGUUCAAGGUCUCCGCGACAUGGAAGAGGAACGAAUGGAUGAUGAAUGGGAUGUGCUCGGUGAGCUUGAAGAGGAACAAGAGGCCGGCAAUGUUGAGGUGGAGGACAGCCAGGUACCCCAGCAGGAGCAACGCCCAAUUUACAAGAAGAAGGGCCAGAAGCGGACGACUCGCAGAGUGAUUAUGCGGCCGGUUGCCUCUAGACCAAAACCUGCCGCGCCUGCAGAACCUGAUUACGAGGAUGAGAGUGAGGAUGAACUGGCGGCAGUGCCAGAGACACAGCAACCGAGCAAGCCGAAUGACAGCAAUGGUGUUGACCUGGGAGAAAACGAUGAAGACGACGCCGCUUCCCUCCACCCCAUGUCUGAGCCAGAUCUCGACUCAGACGCAGAUCCAGAGGUCGAGUUCGACGGCGACUCUGACUAUGAGGAACAAUCCAAGCCUAUUGCCCGGAGCAAGAGCUUCUCUGAGCGUAUCAAGGAGGCUGUGGCUUCUGCGGUGAAAUCAAAGCCCAAAGAGACUACGGAGAAGAAGCUAGGCGCUCCAGAAACGAAAGAGAAAAAGCCUCAGUCCCGGAGAGUCAAUCCUCAGGCUCAUGCGAACUUUCGGUCGCUGAAGAUCCGGAACAGAGGUUCCAAGACUGGAGGUCGUUUCCGGCGAAGAUAG